CUGCAGGUACCGGAGGAGUGGGAGCAACCAGAGAGGCGCUAGGUCUGUUUGGGGUUUAUAGCCGAAUUUCCGGGGGAUACCCCGGCUCCGUUUGUUCCUUCCUGUGUCCCAGGGUUGUUGAACCCAAACUUCUCAGACUAUUUCCCCUAGGAUCAACCUCCCUUCUCUCCACCUUCAAUUCAAACCUAGGGUUUCAGUCUUAAAGUUCAUCUCAUCCGGAACUCCUCAUCUCCAACUCUAAUGGCCCACGUUCAAGUGCCGCCUCCCAUUCUCCUGCCUUAGCUCCAUCCUAGCUGAGGAUACCUCACUGCCCGCUUGCUAACAGUCCUCUACAGGGGGUCUCCACACAGGGGCUCUGCAAACCGUGCCCCAUCCCAUACUUGUGAACCAGCCCCAACCUGGUUCAUCACUCACAGAUCCCUCCCUUGGUCCACUCAGACCUGGCCCUGGCACGGUUGCCUUGGAGACAUGGAGUUUGUGUCCGGAUACCGGGAUGAGUUCCUUGACUUCGCUGCCCUGCUCUUUGGCUGGUUCCACAAGUUCGUUGCUGAGCGGGGUGCCCUGGGAGCCAGCCUGGAGGGCCGCUGGCGACAGUUGGAGGCCCAGGUCCGGAGGCUGCCCCAGGACUCUGCCCUGUGGGUACUGCACGUCUUGCCCAACAGCAAUGUGGGCAUCAGCCUAGGGCAAGGGGUGGAGCCGGGCCCUGGCCCAGGCCUGGAGGCUGCCCGGCUUCUGGGUGAUGAACCUCCCCUGCACCUGCGAGACCUCAGCCCCUAUGUCAGCUUUGUCAGCCUAGAGGAGGGGGAGGAUGGAGAGGAGGAGGAAGAUGAAGAGCAUGGACAGGAGAAGGGGGCAGGCAUGGAGAAGGUGGGGCCCGAGGAGGGCAGGGAGCCAGCCCCUCCCAGCAGGGCAUCCCCGCGGGAAUCCAACCCUUCGGAGGAGACCAAGAAGGAGGCCAGAGAGGGUGAGGAUGGCUGCCGAGAGGACAGAGCAGAGGAGAUGGCUGGAACUGAGAAGAGGAGGCCACGCAGAAGUGAUGCUGCCCCCCUGCAUCUGUCCUGUCUCCUACUGGUCACGGAUGAGCAUGGCACCAUCCUGGGCAUCGACCUGCUAGUGGAUGGCACUCAGGGGAGUGCAGGCCAGGGCUCCAGCACCGAGAACCUAGCCCCUCGGGCCUAUGCCCUCCUCUGCCACAGCAUGGCCUGCCCCAUGGGCUCUGGGGAGCCUCGAAAACCCCGGCAGCUUACUGUGGGAGAUGCCCCACUGCAUCGAGAGCUGGAGAGCCUGGUGCCAAGGCUGGGGAUAAAGCUAGCCAAGACCCCGAUGAGAACAUGGGGUCCCCGACCUGGCUUCACCUUUGCCUCCCUCCGGGCUCGCACCUGCCACGUUUGUCACAGGCACAGCUUUGAAGUGAAGCUGACCCCCUGCCCUCAAUGCAGCGCUGUCCUCUACUGUGGAGAGGCCUGCCUGCGGGCUGACUGGCGGCGAUGCCCAGAUGAUGUCAGCCACCGGUUCUGGUGCCCAAGGCUUGCAGCUUUCAUGGACCGGGCAGGGGAACUGGCAGCGCUGCCCUUCACCUAUACCGCAGAAGUGACCAGUGAAACCUUUAAUAAGGAGGCCUUCCUGGCAUCCCGGGGCCUCACUCGUGGCUACUGGACCCACAUCAGCAUGCUGCUUCCAGGCCCCGGCAGCGCUGGGCACCCCCGGGGCAGCAUGCCGACCCCCAACCUUCUUCUCAAUGGAGAUCCCUACCAGUUUCUCCAGGGGGAGGGUCCCGCCCUGAUGCCUCCUGUGCCGUUAGACCCACCCAGGAGUCUCUUUGCCUCAUGGCAGGAUUACUACACGUGGCGGGGCCUAAGCCUGGACUCCCCCAUGGCUGUGCUGCUCACUUAUCCACUGACUGUGUACUACGUCAUCACACACCUGGUGCCCCAGUCCUUCCCUGAGCUCAACAUCCAGAACAAACAGUCCCUGAAGAUUCACGUGGUGGAGGCCAGCAAGGAGUUUGACCUCGUCAUGGUGUUUUGGGAGCUGUUGGUCCUGCUCCCCCACGUGGCCUUGGAGCUGCAGUUUGUGGGUGACGGCCUGCCCCCCGAAAGUGACCAGCAGCAUUUCACCUUGCAAAGGGAUGGCCCAGAGGUGUCGGUCCGGCCUGGUUCUGCGGCAUCAGCAAGGCUCAUCUCUGGGAAUAAAGAGAAAGGGGGUCGCAGGGAUCUUCAGAUCAAGGUGUGCGCCAGACCCUACCACCUGCUGCAGGGGCCCAAGCCGGACCUGGUUAUCGCCUCUUUAUUGUCCGUCUUUACUGCCCGCCUGGCAGGUUUUAACUCUGGCUUCGGUCUCAAGGACACCUGGCUGAGCUCUCUGCCCCGGUUACAGUCGCUCCGAGUGCCGGCCUUCUUCACCGAGAGCAGCGAGUACGGCUGCGUGAUGGACGAACAGACCAUGGCGGUGGCCACCGGAGGGGGCACCAGCCCCGCACGGCCCAACCCCUUCCGUUCCCCCUUCCGCCUGCGAGCCGCCGACAACUGCAUGCCCUGGUACUGCAACGCCUUCAUCUUCCACCUGGUCUAUAAACCUCCGCCCGCGGGUGCAGCCCGGCCGGUACCGGGACCCGCGCCCCGGGCCCCGACCCCCGCCGAUCCUCCCAUGCCUGCCCGUAGACGCCGGGGAGAAAAGAAACCCGGGCGCGGGGUCCGCCGGCGGAGAUGAUGCUGAGAGGGGAAGCCGCCCGUCCGUCCGCCAAAGGAUCAA